UCACAGCCGCGACAUCAAAUCAACACCAGCAGAUACAUCAAACGCGGAGGAAGCGCAGGUAGGCGUCCGUCCAGCAUCACCGAUUCCAUCUCUCCGGUGCCCACCCAAACAGAAAUUGUGGCCCAACUUUGUCACUUUGCGCGCGCUCGUUCACAUCAAAACCUGUCCUCGGUCCUCACAACUGCUGUAACGACGACAAUAACAGGCUUACAACCACAAUAACCACCGUGAAAACGACGACGACUUCCCCAGGCAGAACCUGAACAAAACUGAGCGAAAUUAAAAUUGUUAAACCGGGAUACCAAAGAAGUUUCGAAGAAGUUGUGGAGACUCGACAAAUCGAGCGAAUAAAAACAAAAGGCCAGCGCGCGCGAAUUCCAAACGACAUUUUCCCUCGAAAAUUGAAUAAAUACAAGGCACCGCAUGACCCCCUCCAUCGCCACCACCGGUCAAGUCCCCGGAUCGGAAGAGAACCAGUUCCGCGUUGGGCCGUCGAUGCGAAGCUGACAUGGUGACAUGUUGCUGCCAGACCAAACGUACGAGCAGGCCAACAGCAACCAACAACAACAACAACAGCAACAGCAACAACUCCAGCAGCAGAAACAUCAUCAGGACUACUUACGACGAUCAUAUGAUGAAUUCAACCGAAUCAUCGAUCUGAAAGAAAUCGAUGUCAAGCGGUUGCAGCGCAACAUUUUCGACAGCGGCGUCGUGGCCGAGGGCGAGGACGGACGGGAGGUUCGCCCGGAGGACGGACGGAUCCCACAGCAGAAAGUAAUCGUUCAAACCAACUAG